ACGAGCAGUCGGCCGCUAGAACGCAAGCAAGCGAGUAGGACCUACUCGACUGCUUUGGGACGUGAGCCAGCCCUCUUCAUGCCUGGCUGGGACCGCGAACUGGACGCUACGCUCUGGAAGGCUCGCCGUUGGACCGCAAUCGACUGGGCAUAUCUGACCCACAUUAGCAGCACCGAAUUCACAGUCCAGCCCGUCUUUGACACGUUCGACUAA